UCGAAGCAGCAAAAACAGCACAGCGGAAGAUUACAACAAAAGCUAUGACCAUAGCACAGGCUUCAGUCGUCCCAAUAACAAACUCCAAAGGGCUAGAGACAAUAACCCUAAAGAAUAUCGUAUCGUUGGAUCUUAUUGAACAGAAUGAAGCGGUUCUUAAGGCGGCGCAGCUGUUGGACGAUUCAGCCACGAGGGUUGUGUUUAGAGACAGAGUGACCACUGAGAAGUUGAAAGAGCUCAUCGAAACCAAACAAAUGGAGGAACAAAGGGAAAAGGAAUCGUUGGUACAGCUGAAACAUCAACUUAGUAAAUCGUCAACCGUUGACAAGGAUACUGAGUUGAUCAACAAGCUUUCGACGGAGUUUCUGAGCGAUUCUACUCCGAUCGACGAUGUAGACGAUGUACUACAAGCAUUUGAGAAGGAAAAUGGAGUCAAAGUGAUACUUAAAUAGUUUAUAGAACUGGUUCGCUCGUUAAAUGCCGAUAACCAAUGAACUCAG